AUGGAAUCUGUCUCCACCCCUUAUCGCAUUGCAGAGGAGAAUAUUUGCACAAGUAAGAGCUUCGUCGGCCAACCGGUGGCACUCCCACCCAAUGAUUGGGUGAAAGUUAACGUAGAUGGGGCUGUCUCUCAUUCCAGAAACGUGGCUAGAUGCGGAGGUGUAAUUAGAGACUAUAGAGGCCAAUGGAUUGUGGGAUUUCACCAAACAAUCGGAAGCUGCAGCGUGUUUGAAGCAGAGGAGUGGGCUAUGUUUAAAGGCAUCAGGUUAGCUUGGGACUCAGGUUUCAAGAAGGUUCUGUUAGAAUCUGACUCCAAAACCUUGAUUGAUAUGUUAUUGAGUCCUGAUGUCCAUAACACGCGCAGCCUGAUAUUCUUGGAGAUUCGUCGAUUGAUGGGUCUAAAUUGGGAGAUUGUCUUCAACCAUAUUCCUAGGCUCCAAAACCAGCUUGCUGAUGCUCUUGCUAAGGAAGAACCCAUCAAAGAAAUGCCCGCCAAGUGUUUUUGUUGCUUCCUCCUACAAGCAGAAAACCAGCUAGUCAAAACAAGAAAUGACAGCAAAAAUAGGGAAUAUCCAUGGGAAAUGUACACGCUGAAGGAAUUGCUCCGUGCAACAAACAAUUUCCAUCAAGAUAACAAGAUAGGAGAAGGUGGCUUUGGAAGUGUUUAUUGGGGUCGAACAAGUAAAGGCAUCGAGAUUGCAGUGAAGCGACUGAAGACGAUGACUGCAAAAGCAGAAAUGGAAUUUGCAGUAGAAGUAGAAGUACUUGGAAGGGUGAGGCAUAAGAACCUUUUGGGUCUAAGAGGAUUCUACGCCGGAGGAGAAGAAAGACUUAUUGUUUACGAUUACAUGCCCAAUCAUAGCUUGCUCACACAUCUUCACGGCCACCUCGCUUCAAGUUGUCUCCUAGAUUGGCCUAAAAGAAUGAGCAUCGCCAUUGGAGCAGCUGAAGGCUUAGCGUAUCUUCAUCAUGAGGCGAAUCCUCAUAUCAUACACAGGGAUAUAAAGGCAAGCAACGUUCUAUUGAACACAGAGUUUGAAGCGAAAGUGGCUGAUUUUGGUUUUGCGAAGCUAAUACCAGAAGGUGUGAGCCAUUUGACCACAAGGGUGAAAGGAACUUUGGGAUAUUUGGCGCCAGAAUACGCCAUGUGGGGGAAGGUUUCAGAGAGCUGUGAUGUGUACAGUUUUGGGAUUUUGCUUUUGGAGAUUAUUAGUGCGAAGAAACCGAUAGAGAAGCUACCAGGAGGAGUGAAAAGGGACAUAGUUCAGUGGGUGACGCCUUACGUUCAAAAGGGUAUCUUCAAUCAUAUUGCAGAUCCAAAGUUGAAGGGUAAGUUUGACUUGGAGCAGUUGAAAUCUCUGGUGAUGCUGGCUGUGAAGUGCACCGAUAGUAGCCCGGAGAAGCGGCCGAGUAUGGCGGAGGUGGUGGAGUGGCUCAAGGGCGCCGGAGGCGGAGGUGGGAGGAGGAGAAAAGAGAUUCCGCCGGCAGCUAUGAGGGAUGAAGAAAAUGACAGGAAUGAUAAGGACUACGAAGACAUGGGAAAGAGGCUAACAGAAAAGUCUCAUUUGACCGUUACCUUGCUGAUUCAGCGCAAGCGUCGGAUGUGUAUUAUUUUGACUAAAACUCCCGAGACGAGCCCGGUGGCGGCGGGUGUUUUCUCGGAAGGCAACGACGAUGUCGAUGGAGUGACCAAGGGAAAGUUUACUGUGUUCUACGAGGAGGAAAGCAAAUGCGAGUCAAAUGAGGAGUCAACAGAGAUGAAGAUGGAAGUGUGCUAUGACAGCAGUUGUGGUUUCAAAUCGGAAUGGUAG